GUUUGAGCCACGCAGCACUUGCGACGCCGACUCUCUUGUUCAGCCGGUGCCGUCGUGUGUGUGUGUAGAUGCUGCACGGUUAUGUGAAGAGCUGGAUACGCGUGUGCAGGUGAACUCACCUGGAGGCGCCGUGGUGCUUUCUGCAGUGCGGGCGACAUAACAGGAAGGACAUAACCACUGUGCAGGCUUCGAACUCGUCCAUGGCUUCUCGGCGCGCCCUCCUCGUCUCACUGGCGCUGCUUGCUCUGCACUGGCAGCAGAGCCACGGGAUACCGACUUCCCAAUUUCAGAGCACCAGGGGCACAUCCACAGGGACCGCGGACCAGCCCCUUGGCCCAACAACCACCCCGGCGAACACCCUCAAAGCGGAGGGCACCACCACCACCAAAAUUGGGCAGGGAACCACCACUCAAGUUGAUGAGCGCCAGAGUGUUGGCAGUGGUGAUAACAUCACCACUGCCAACACCACCACGACCACUACCACCAACCCCACGACCACCACUGCUGUCAGCAAGUAUGAUGACGAUGAUGACAUCACCACUGUUAAUAAUGGCGAACGGACCUCUGCUACGAGCGGCAGCAGCCUUGGUCCCAGCGAGAAACUCACAGGUGGUGGUGGUGGAGACUUUGGGAUCACCAUCACUCCCGUAAGCUUUUCAAACUCCAGCAGCAGUGGCACCAUGAGCGGACCUCCCGCGGUCCGCGACUCCGAGACUGAGAACCCCGAGCAGGGCCACGCCACUCAAGGUCGCCGCAAUCAUUCCCGGGAGCACGGGGACCCGGCCGAUGUUAUAACCCAGAGCCCGGACCCGAGCGGCGGGGAGGACAGCCGUUCCCGAGCCAACGUAACCACGCCACACGAGGACUGCCACGAGUUGGGGCGGCGCUACGGCCUCAUCGUCCUGGUCCUGGCCUCCACCACGGCCCUCUUCGCCAGCAUCUCCAUUCUGCUGGCCGCACGUGCGUGCCGGGGCCGGCGGCGUCGCCGCGGAGCCUCUGCGAGCUCCGGCCGUGGCGGUGGCGGUAGCGGCGGUGAGAAAGGUCGGCGGCCGCACGGCAGCCGUGACAACCUCCUGGGCGCCAUCCCUGGCUGGGCGCCGUGGUGGGAGGCCAAGGGGCUGUUGGCGCAUGGCGGAGAGGCGACGGGGCCUUCGCGUCCUGGGAACGAAGCGGCAGGCGGUGGUGGUGCCACGCCGCUGGUGGUGGUUGAGGCCGACGCAGCGCGCGAGCCAUCGAUCAGCGCCGAGACCCUGCCCGGGACUCCGCAGAACCGGGGCAGUACCGCAUCGCCCAUUCUCCGGGAGAUGCGUGGAAAAUGGGGCCCGCAGAUGACCGCAGAGGGCUCCCCGGCUUAGCGUUUCUAUGUCACACGUGUGCGUGCAGACGCACACACACACACGUGUGCGCGCGAGCUCGUGGUUCACUAAAAUCAGUAACCACUUUGUGGAAAACCAACGACGGUUGUUCUAUAGCUCCCCAAAAAACACGCAGUGUUUGCGUGACAAACCUUAUUAAUUGGCUGUGUCGGGUGGUGGCGGGUUUAAUGUCACAUUUAUAUUCAUGCGAUCUAUCCCAAAAAUCUCUAUUAUGGAUAAUAUUGGUCACGAAAGCCUACGUGUUCAACAGAUAACACUUUAUUGUGUAUGGCCAUAAAAUAAAAACCUAUAUAACAGACGACGUUUUAGGGAAAUGUCCCUUCUUCAAAGCACAUAGAGAGGCUAGAAUGGUAGGCAACAUCCUCGUAUAAUGCGUGAAGCAAAAAGUCUCAGUGUGUAUAUUGCCUCACUAAAAGCAGAUUUCUGCGGGCUAUCCUGAGCAAGUAUUGGACAUUCUACAUAUUUGCCUGUGUGGAAGUUACAAGAGUCCACAAAUGUAUGCAUUUUUUUGGAAUCUUAUAAUUGUUGUACUGCAAAAAAAAGACAAAGGAUGGAAUAAUCAUGAAUUCCAGUGGUGUUUUUUAAAUCAUUUAUAUUAAGUUCGCUUGCUUGCUUAGGACCGUGCAAAUCUUUCGGUCGUUUUUUAACCCACUUCCCGUGAUCCAAUCGAGCUGACAUUUUCCACACAGACUCGUUGUGCGUGACAAUUAAUGUUCGUGAAAUUUUUUAAAUUUUUUUUACACUUUUUAGGACAAAAUAUUAUAUGUUAUUACCAAUUGCUUAAUGGUGCAAUGCAAUCAUCUGACCCAUAGGUGGCAGCCAUCUCAAGCCAGAGGACGAGAGGACUCUAGCCGCCACGCAUAUAAAGGAUUUAUAGUGAAAAACUUUGUUUUUACGGGUUAUACUUGUUUGAUAUUAACAUUGCCACAUGGUUAGUCACGUGAUUCGCCACGUGGGUGGCCGAUUUAGAUUAAUUAUCUCAUUCUCCCCCCCCCCCAUCCUUCCCCACCGAGACAUUGGUCUGGGUUGGAGAGUGUGCGGAAAAUGCCCACGCAUACUUGAGGAGAAUAUACAACCCUGCCACACAAAUAAACUAAAACAACUUUCAACGCAUCCGUCAAUAACGCUGCUUGCAGCCUUAAAAUAAAAAAAAUGUGAACAAGGAUCAUUUCCCGAAAGUCGUCUUUUAUAUAUUGUAUCCCUUUCAAGGCCACACAGUGAUAUUGACGAAGGUGUUGAGUUGUAUUCGUCGGUGCAUGUAUACCGCUGCCAACGCAGCAGUGCAGCAUCGGCAUUACACCCUGCUUGCUGUACUGCCUCGGACAGGCACGAGCUCCGUUACUCACCGUGCAGUGGGCAUCCUCACAUCAUCAUCACCACCACCACCAUCAUCACUUCUCUUAUUCCAGCUUGAUAUACCAACCAGACUACUGGGGUUCGGGCACUUGGCAUUAACACUCUCCAAAGCCUUGCCGGGCCCAUGAGCGGUGUUCUCUUUAGAUUCGAGCAUUCUAUUCCACCCUUGCGUGUGAUGGAAGCACACGCAAAGCAGUGCGUUCAGGAGCCUAGGUGCCCAAUGUCGAGAUCUGCCCACGACGAGAAGGCUUCAGAAGAGAGAGUUCGUGUCGUUUUACUCUUCCUCUUCUGUUGAAGGAGAGCAGACCACAGUUUUUGUUGACUGUAGGGAUCCAUAGUGAGGGUUGCAUGGCCACAGUCGCACUACUGUGGCUUGUCUUGAAUGGAUCUCGAUGUGCACCUGUGUAUCUCUUUGAGUCUCUGCGUAUCUCUGUGUGUCUCGAUGGGUUUACUAGAGUGGGCCAUAGUUUGGUUUGCAUGGCUGCAGUCGCACUACUGUGGAUUGUGGCUUUAAUUUUCCAUUAAUGAAGGACAUAUGGUGCGCAUUGCCCGCUGUUGAUGGGAUGAUGAAGCGGUUGAUGGCUACACCACCGGUGUCUUCGCGGAGGAGGAGGAGCGAUGUCACAGCCAGGAGGAGGUGCGAUGAUUGGGUCUCGAAUGACGUCGGCGUUGCUCGACUCUGUACGCAUAUCAGCAGCAUCAGCAGUGUUGUUGUUGUUGUUCUUCUGAGUCUGGGUGAGAUUCGCGGAUGGUGACAGCAGCGCGAAUUUAAACUGAAUUCGUGCGACUCCUAGAGGUGCCCGAGGUCUGGCUGUCUUCACCCUCGGGGACUAACAAUGGACCCCGAAUGUUGUAAGGUGCCUUUGUCUCCCAGAGCCUCAAGGAUCCACACUUUUGCCGUAAGGAUCCCUGUCCGCCGUACGGGUGCCUUAUUGUGGCUCGCUGAGCCUGUGUUCAUGGCUGGGGUUCGCGUGGCGAUACGACGUGCAGUAGCGCACUCUGUCCAACAGGUAGCGAUGGACCAUCCAGUGGAGAUUCGAAUUCAGUGACUGCGUAGGUUUUUGUUUGUUUGUUAAUUUGAACGUCAUCUCAAAAUGUACGUGUACAGCACGUGGUCAAUUUCAAUACCGCGGGUCACGGAAUUCGUGCUCUCUCACUGGACUACGUGUAACCAGAUUAACAAGAAGAUCGAUUUUAUUUUUUAAACAAACGAAUCAAUAUUUCAAGAACCGCGAUGCAUGUGAUGAAUACGAGACGGUGGUCCCUGAAUAAAUAACGUCUCACGAAGCAGUUCCUUCAAGAGACGCAUGCGGCUCAGGAGCCGCGGGGUUUCCGCCCUCUGAAUAUGUGGGACGAGCGAUGCCUCGAGUCAUCCCUGCGACUCGCAGAGCGACAGAGCGCGCCUGCGGCUCUCAGCCCAGGAGGGAACGUCGUUAUCGGGCUCCCAGGCACGGCGUGGGUGCGCGGCGUUCAUCGGAGCCGUCUGUGGAAGGAAACGCGCGUGUGGCGGGGGAAAUUCGGGUUGCGUGACGGAAUCGGGGCUGGAACCCACCGCAUCGUAACUUCUGUUGCCAUUACUACGACUACCACCACCACAGAAAAAAGAUCCCCCGUAUAGCCUGUGGGCAAAUGCUGUUAGCGAGUAGCAGCACCUUCGAAGGCCGGCACGGCGCACGAGGGGGUGAGUGGCCGGAACCACGCCCAACGUCACCAACCACCCGCAACCCUGGCUCCAACCUCCAGCCCUGGCUCCAACCUCCAGCCCUGGCUCCAACCUCCAGCCCUGGCUCCAACCUCCAGCCCUGGCUCCAACCUCCAGCCCUGGCUCCAACCUCCAGCCCUGGCUCCAACC